AGGCGAAAAAAGAGAAGCCUCUUCAGUUGAAUUCUUGGGUUCCUUCUCUUCUUCAGCCUCUCUUAGUGUUCUUCUUGAGUGAUCAUGGGAUGCUGCAGUGGUUUCCUUCAGAGGGCCAAGCCCUAUAUCGCCAUGAUCUCUCUCCAAUUUGGCUAUGCAGGCAUGAACAUCAUCACUAAGGUCUCCCUCAACAAUGGCAUGAGCCAUUAUGUCCUUGUCGUGUACCGCCAUGCCUUUGCUACUCUCUCCAUUGCUCCAUUUGCACUUAUCCUUGAGCGGAAGGUUUGGCCCAAGAUCACGUUCUCAAUCUUCGUGCAGAUAUUUGUGCUGGGUCUCCUUGGGCCUGUUAUAGAUCAAAACUUCUACUAUGCGGGGUUGAAAUUUACCUCUCCAACCUUCUCCUGUGCCAUGAGCAACAUUCUACCGGCCAUGACUUUUGUGAUUGCAGUUUUAUGCAGGAUGGAGAAGGUGGAUCUGAAGAAGGUUAGAUGCCAAGCCAAGGUGGUGGGGACUUUUGUGACUGUGGCAGGAGCCAUGUUGAUGACCCUCUAUAAAGGACCUAUUAUGGAGAUGGUGUGGACCAAGCAUGUCCAUCCUCAUAGAUCAAGUGCACCAGAAACCACAGAUUCAAGCGACAAGGAUUGGAUUAAGGGCUCCAUCUUCGUUAUCAUAGCUACGUUAGCCUGGGCUUCUCUCUUUGUCCUCCAGGCGGUAACGCUUAAACAGUAUUCGGCUCAGCUCUCUCUCACAACAUUGAUCUGCUUCAUGGGAACCCUGCAAGCCAUUGCUGUGACUCUCGUAAUGGAGCACAAGCCUUCUGCUUGGACCAUAGGCUGGGAUAUGAACCUCCUUGCCGCUGCCUAUGCGGGGAUUGUCACAUCUAGCAUUGCAUAUUAUGUCCAGGGACUAGUGAUACAGAGAAGAGGGCCAGUCUUUGCCUCGGCCUUCAGUCCUCUGAUGAUGAUCAUAGUUGCCAUCAUGGGCUCUUUCAUCCUCGCAGAGAAGAUCUACCUGGGAGGAGUUCUUGGCGCAGUUUUGAUUGCUGUGGGCCUAUACUCAGUUCUCUGGGGGAAGUACAAAGAGCACAAGGAGAGUGAAGCCAUGGCUCUUCCCUUAGCUUUAAAAAGAAGUGAAGGAAAUGGGGAGGGCAUAGAUAUAAAAAACGAGGAUGAGAAGGGAAAGAAAGCCAAUGGCAUGAGUUUCUCCACCUCCCAUGACCUGUCAACUAUGGCAGUUGGAUUCCCAAUUCCAGAGAUUCCCAUGAAGGUGGAACCACCAAAGGCCUAAUUUCUACUAUCUAGUACUUCUGAAAGGAGAGAGGCACACAGAGAUAGUGAGGAAGAGAGCUCACUGAGUGUUAUUCCUUUCUUUUUAGUCUUUGGCCAUCUUAUCUUUCUUCUUG